AUGGAGUGGAACCCUCAGGACCUCCACACACUCUCCCAGUGCUUCGUCAACACUCUCUCCCCCUCGCCGGAGCCUCGCCGCCGCGCCGAGGCCAUACUCUCCGAUUUCUCCCAGAAGCCAAACUACGGCCUCGCCGUGCUCCGCCUCGUCGCCGAGCCCAACGUCGCCGAGGAGAUCCGCCAGGCCGCCUCCGUCAACUUCAAAAACCACCUCAAGGUGCGGUGGUCCCCCGCCCCCAACUCCGACGAGCCGAGGAUCCAGGACGCCGAGAAGGAGCAGAUCAAAGCCCUGAUCGUCUCCCUCAUGCUCAACGCCACCCCCAGAAUCCAGGGCCAGCUCAGCGAAGCCCUAGUUUUGAUCGGCAAGCAUGAUUUCCCGAGGCUCUGGCCCAAUCUGCUCCCGGAGCUCACCGGAAGCCUCCAGAAGGCUUCCCAGGCCGGCGACUACGCUUCCAUUAACGGUAUUCUCGGAACCGCUAACUCUAUAUUUAAGAAAUUUCGGCAUGAGUUCAAGACCAAUGAGCUUUUGUAUGAUUUGAAAUACUGUUUGGAGAAUUUUGCCGCACCGUUGUUGGAAAUUUUCUUGAAAACGGCUAAUUUGAUUGAGUCUGCUGCCAACGCCAAUGCCGCGGCGCUCAAGCCGCUGUUUGAGUCUCAGAGAUUGUGCUGCAGGGUUUUCUUCUCGUUGAAUUAUCAGGAGUUACCUGAGUUUUUCGAGGACCAUAUGAAUGAGUGGAUGACUGAGCAGAUGAAGUAUCUAGCCAAUAGUUAUCCUGCACUGGAGAAUAGUCCUGAUGGGCUUGCGCUAGUAGAUGAGUUGCGCGCUGCGGUGUGUGAGAAUAUUAACCUUUAUAUGGAGAAGAACGAGGAAGAGUUUCAGGCUUACUUGAAUGGUUUUGCGCUAGCUGUGUGGAAUUUGUUAACAACUGUCUCUCAGUCACCGAGCCGUGAUCAGCUGGCUGUUACUGCUAUUAAGUUUUUGACUACUGUUAGCACAAGUGUGCAUCAUAGUCUAUUUGCUGGUGAGGGAGUGAUACCUCAGAUUUGUCAGGGCAUUGUGAUCCCAAAUGUGAUGUUGAGGGAUGAGGAUACGGAAUUGUUUGAAAUGAACUACAUUGAGUUCAUCAGGAGGGAUAUGGAAGGCAGUGAUCUUGAUACUAGGAGGAGGAUUGCUUGUGAGCUUCUUAAAGGAAUUGCUACCAAUUAUAAACCACAGGUUACCAAUUUGGUUUCUGUACAGAUACAGAAUUUGCUAACCUCUUUUGCUGCAAACCCAGAGAAGAAUUGGAAGGACAAGGACUGUGCAAUUUACUUGGUUGUAUCACUUGCUACUAAGAAGGCUGGGGGCACUUCUGUUACGACUGAUCUUGUUGAUGUUCAGAGCUUCUUUGGGUCAGUGAUUGUUCCAGAACUGCAGAGUCAGGAUGUGAAUGGAUUUCCUCCAAUGCUUAAGGCGGGAGCAUUGAAAUUUUUCACAAUGUUCCGGACUCAUAUACCAAAGCCUAUGACAUUACAAUUUUUCCCAGAUUUGAUUCGGUUCCUUCGUGCAGAGUCCAAUGUAGUUCACUCGUAUGCUGCAAGUUGUAUUGAGAAGCUUUUGCUGGUAAAGGAUGAGAGUGGACAAGCAAGAUAUACAUCAUUAGAUAUUUCCCCAGUGCUGCCACAACUGAUGAACAACCUCUUUGAGGCUUUACAGGUUCCAGAAUCCGAGGAAAAUCAAUAUAUAAUGAAGUGUAUUAUGCGAGUUCUCGGGGUUGCAGACAUAUCGCGUGAGAUUGUUGGACCUUGUAUUACGGGGUUAACAUCAGUACUCAACAAAGCUUGUGAAAACCCCAAGAAUCCAGUAUUUAACCACUAUGUUUUUGAGUCUGUGGCUGUCCUUGUGAAGCGAGCAUGCGGGAAGGAUGCUUCUCUCAUAGCUGUUUUUGAGAUAAACCUUUUCCCCAGUAUCCAGAAGAUAUUGGUUGAAGAUGUGCAAGAGUUCUAUCCUUAUGCACUUCAGCUGCUGGCUCAACUUGUUGAGUUGAAUAGGCCACCCAUUCCACAGAGUUACAUGCAGAUUUUUCCAAUGCUUUUGUCUCCUGACUUGUGGAAAAAGGCUUCCAAUGUCCCUGCUCUUGUGCGUUUGCUUCAAGCAUUCCUUAAGAAGGCACCCCAUGAGCUCAACCAAGAGGGCAGUUUGAGACAGGUCCUUGAGAUAUCCAAUAAGCUUGUCUCAGCCCGCAGUACUGAUGAACAGGGUUUCUAUGUGCUAAAUACUGUUGUUGAGAGCCUUGAUUUUAAUGUGAUUGCACCUUACAUUGGUCAGAUUUGGAGUUCCCUUUUCACAGUGCUUCAAACCAGGCAGUCACCAAAGUAUAUCAAGUGUCUACUGAUUUUUAUGUCACUUGUUCUAGUCAAGCAUGGCUCUACAAAUCUUGUCGAGUCAGUGAAUGGCAUUCAGGCUAACCUGUUUCUGAUGAUCUUGGGGCAGUUUUGGAUAUCCAAUCUUACGCAUAUUACUGGAUUCAUUGAGACUAAGUUGACUGCGGUCGCAUCAACCCGACUCCUGUGUGAGUCUCAAAUGCUUCUGGAUGCUGCAGCUGUUGAGCACUGGGGGAAAUUGCUUAACAGCAUUAUAACCCUUCUUUCACGAGCUGAGCAGGACAGGGUUGAAGAGGAUCCCGAAAUGCCUGAAUUUGCAGAAAAUGUUGGAUAUUCUGCCACCUUUAUUCGGCUGCACAAUGCUGGGAAGACUGAGGAUGAUCCGCUGAAAGAUAUAAGAGAUGCAAAGGAAUUUUUGGUGACUUCAUUGGCUAGGCUUUCUGCGCAAUUCCCUGGCAGAUACCCUCAAAUCAUCAGUCAAUAUGUCGAACCAGCCAAUCAGGCAGAACUACUACGUCUCUGCAACUCUUAUAACUGCCAAAUUGUUUGAGACGUCGUGUGGUGAAGAAGAGGGCAUUUUGUUUCAAUUUUCAUUGAAUCUCGGUCACCAUGCAUUUGUGAGCAACCAUUACUCUCAUAGUCUAACGGUUCUAGAUGAGAUUACCUUCAUCUCUGCAACUUUUGAGAUGUUCUGCGGAUAUGAUAUGGGAUUUUCGGUUACGCUUUUCGGAGUCGGUCAUCAUCCAUAGCAAGCACCCAGUGUCCCAGUGGUUAAUUGCAUAUUACAGUUGAAAUUCUAUAUCAUCAUGGGAAUUUUUCAAGUCCUGUCUGUUGUCAGCAUAUGUUGUCAUGUAAACUUGCCUUUGUCCUAUAUUAUUGCAUGUAUACACUAUUGCAUCACUAUGAUUUUAAUGUUAAUGACAUCUCAGUUGGUCAAAGUAAGGUUGGCGU